AUGGAGGCCGAUAUUAAAGAGUUGGAGGAGCAGUUGAAUGGUGGCGCUAGGGCUGAUACUGUCCAAGAGAAGACCUUGGAUUUUGAGAUUGAAGUGGUUACAUAUCCUACAAAGGAAAAGGAGGUCGAAGAUGACAAUGCGACUUUAGAUGGACCGUCUCCUUCAGUCGUUGCUUUCUAUAACGAACUGAAAUCCACUGCGCUCACUCCUAAUGUCGCUUAUUCAUUUGAGUUGAAUCCAGGCAUUUACGGGACAAAGAUGCGAUGUUGGUUCGAGAGUCAAGAUUUCACAAGUUUUUGUUUGAUGGAGGAGAUUUCAUCAAACUGCAUCUUGUUAUGUCAAACAUACUUGUUUCGUAAGCUCAAGGAAUUAAGUUUAACCAACAAGUACGCUUUUAUUGACCCAACAAUUGCAUCAAGGGGUUCGGGCACGACGGGGAAUAGAGCCCGAGAUCUCAACUCUAAAUUGGGAGUUCUGGUGCCCGGUCAGUUGGCACUUGUACCCUUUAAUGUAGGAAUGCAUUGGGUACUACUUGUGAUAGACCCCUAUGCCAACACAGUACACAUAUUUGAUUCUCUAAACAAGGAUGUGCACCAAGAGAUCAAAGACGUCCUUGAUCCGUAA